AUGCCACGAGCAAAAUCGUUACCGUACUUCAUGACGGCGAGAUCUGUGCAUCGCCGCAUUCCUGUGCUGAACGGUCAGCGCCUUCGACGGCCCGUAGCGCGGCGAAGUAUUUCCGGAGAAACAUGUCGCGCUGUUGCCGGAAGUCGAAAGGUUUACAAGAUUGUGUUGACCGGUGGUCCAUGUGGAGGCAAAACUACGGCUCAGGUUCGAUUGGCGACAUUCUUCGAAAGUCUUGGAUGGAAAGUGUUUACUGUUCCUGAAACGGCGACAAUUCUUCUUGGUGGACGUGUGAAAUUCUCUGAACUUGACAGCGAUCAAUCGUACAUUUUCCAACGCGAUUUACUUGCAACAAUGCGGCAGAUUGAAGAUACCUUUUUCAAUCAAGCACAUGCAAUCAAAGAUCGAAACGUUUUAGUAAUCUGCGAUCGAGGUUGCAUGGAUCCAUCGGCUUAUUCGUCACCGGAAGAUUGGAAACGAAUGCUCGCCGAGUUGAACUAUGACGAAUUCGAUUUGCGGUGCAGCCGAUAUGAUCAAAUUGCUCAUUUAGUGACGGCUGCUGAUGGCGCCGAAAAGUAUUACACUUUAGCGAACAAUGCAGUUCGGAGUGAAGGAAUUAGUGCGGCGAUUGAAUUGGACAAAAAAACACGAUCCGUUUGGAUCGGACAUCCAUAUUUGGAUAUUAUUGACAACAGAUUCACUGGGUCGUUUGAUGACAAGGUUAAUAAACUUAUCCAAGUCGUUUGUGAUCGAACUGGAGUUCGCUCUGGAGAUCGUCUUGACAAAAAUUCAAAGAAACGAAAAUGGCUGGUUUCCCAUUGCGACUUUGAAAACUUCGGAAAAUAUGAGGAAUUCGAAUUGGAGCACUAUUAUCUGCUUUCGGAUGAUCCGAAGUAUCAGGUGCGACUUAGACGACGAACUCAGAAUAAGAGAUCGACGUAUACCCUUACGAAUCGCGAAUAUUUUGCGGAAAGUGGUGAUUCUGUUGAGACGAGAAUGCAAAUAACCGAACGCGAUUUUCAUUCGUAUUUGGCUUUGAAGGACAAAAGUCGCUCGAAAAUCUUCAAAGAUCGUCGUUGCUUUAUGUACGGAAAUCAGUACUUCAACCUUGAUAUGUACAAGGAUCCACUUCCGCCACAGGCGAAUCGCAAGUUGAUGUUCUUGGAAACGUAUACGACGGUUCCAGUUGGAACACCGCUUCCUGAAGGAUCGAUGCCGGCGUUCCUUAAGAUUGAAAAAGAAAUCACCGGCGACAGCCAAUACUCGAUGUACUCACUGGCCAGAUAUGGUCAUUGUGCAUCAAAAACUGAAUUCCAAGGAGCUGAUAAAUACCGCGACGAUUAA